GAGCAGAAUCCUUUUUGUGCAGCAGUCAGAUCGCUUCCACACCGACGAGGAGAGAAUCACUGCAAAAAACUUUAUUUUUGUUCCGUCUGAGACAAACAUGAAGGCUGCAGUCCAGGGCAUCCUUCUUCUGGCCUGCAUCGCCAUUUGCACCUCAAAGAGUUUUAUGCGCUGCCGUUGCAUAAGAACAAUACCAGCAGUAAGGCGCUCUCUCAUCACUGGUGUAAAUGUGUACGAACCUCAUCCUGCCUGCCACAAGUUCGAAGUGGUAGUCGUCAUGAAGAAUAAUAGCGAGUUCUGUCUUGACCCGGAGUCAGAUUUCACCAAAAGACUCUUGCGAGACAUAGCAGUGAUCCCACUGGCAACUAGGACAUGAGGCUCCCACCCCGGAUGAGCUCAGGUUCCCACAACUCUGCCAGGAACUGCUCCAGAGUGUCAUCAUCAGCGGAGAUUAUUUCACAACGGCUGGAUUGCUCAGUUCCUCGUUUGUGCCAAAAUGUCAAAGAGUAACAGCCUUCAGUUUGCUUAGUUGGAAUCCUGUGAAAAGUGCUGGUCUUAAAUUUCUGAUGCUCCAAGCUUUAAAGAUUUGAAGGAAGAGAUGUAUUAAAUUAACCUUUACAAUCAAUACUUGUUGUCUAAUAUGAUCAAAUUAACAAAAAAAAAAUUAAAACCUUAUGCUCUUUCUGCACAAUUAAACAUAAAUGUGAAACUUGUGUCUGUCAAGAUUUAACCUCAUAUUUUUGUUUUUAAGCCUGAAAUCAUAAUAAAGACAGUUAUCCUCUA